CAGCGUGUCUCCUUGUCCCCCUUUUCAGCGCCAUGGGCUGGCUGUGUCUUUAGCGCUUACCACCAUGUGCACUAGCUUGUUGCUCAUGUAUGGUAGCAUCGGAGGCGGCGGUGCUGGUAGUGGCGGCGGCGGCGGAGGAGGAGGUAGUAGCGGCGACGGAAGCCCGAAAGAGCAAAGCCAACCGCAGCAGCAGCAGCAGCAGCAGGUGGCGGGGACGGCGAGCCAGAAGCCGGAGAGCCAGCAGCCACUGGGCGGCAGCGGGCAGAGGCGCCUCCCCGACCGCCCCUUGGAAGGCUACAUCGGGGUCCUGGACCACAAGCCUUUGAAAAUGCACUGUGCAAGCUGUGCCCUAGUAACAAGCUCCGGACACCUCUUGCGAAGCCAACAAGGGAAGAAGAUUGACCAGACAGAGUGUGUAAUACGAAUGAACGAUGCGCCCACACGGGGAUUUGUAAAAGAUGUUGGAAACAAGACAAGUCUGCGAGUCAUAGCUCACUCCAGUAUGCAGAGAAUUUUGCGAAAUCGCCAUGAACUGUUAAAUAUGAGCCAAGGGACUGUAUUUAUCUUCUGGGGUCCAGGCAGCAACAUGAGGAGAGAUGGAAAAGGAUUAAUUUAUAACAAUCUGCAACUGAUGAAUCAGAUACUACCUCAGUUAAAAGUAUACAUGAUAUCCCGGCACAAGAUGCUUCAAAUUGAUGAUCUCUUCAAGCGGGAAACUGGAAAAGACAGGAAGAAGUCAAACACUUGGUUGAGCACUGGGUGGUUUACAAUGAGCAUCGCAUUAGAACUAUGUGACAGGAUAGAUGUCUAUGGCAUGGUGUCACCAGAUUUCUGCAGCAUCAAGCCAUUUGACAGCAAGCACAUCUUUAUGUGAAGCUGUAGCAGAGACGGGUGCCCAAAAUUACAGUAUGCGGCAUCACACACACAAAGAGAAAUGCAGAGGACCAGUUUAGGGACUUUCCUCUCUGUCAUUGUUUUUAGUCUUUUCGUAUUUCUAGCAACUCAACUUUCCAUAGUAUCACAGCAGUCUGGCCUUGUGCUGCCCUCAGCCUACCUGACCAAAAGGUGUUCUAAGCAACCUAAGCCACUAACGUGCAGGUCUUGGUGUGUUGUUUUGGCACAUGCUCUGUGAGCAAUUGCUUAGUUUGUUUGUUUUUUCAAAUUUAUAAAAGUGUUUUACAAAAACCAUUGUUAUGAGGAUGACAGAAGCUGUACUGGCCGAAAUGGGGGCAGUAAUGAAACCAACAAAGGCUGACUGCAUCCUUCUCUGGGCAUAGCAGAGCCCAGACCUUUGUAAAUACAGGGUUUGUGUAUAGAACUAAGUAGCAGCUGAGGGAAGGCAGAAGAAGUUUCCACCUUGUCAACCAACUUCAUGUAAGUUUUGAGGUGUGGUAAGCAGACUGCAUGGUUCAGUGAUUGAGUCCCAACUAAUUCUAUGUGGAUCUAAUGUUGGUCCUGACUCAACACGAAUAAAAGGUGCCAGUUUCUUUUGAGAUGCACUGGACAAUAUGAAAUUCUUUCAAAUCAGACUGAAUGGCACUAAUAGUUAUGUAUGUUGAUACUUGCACAUUUUGUUUUUGUGGGAUUACACCUGGCUGAUGAAUAAAGAGGAUUUCAUUUUCA